AUGUCUCUUGAUGCUGCUGAGCUUGCCAAGCUCUUCGCUGGCGGUCUUCGAGAUGCAACAGACCUCCUGUGUUUUCUAGUGUGUUUGGCUGGACAUAUGUUGCUCGUCUUAUAUGAAAAGGGGUCGAUCUUUGUUCUAAAAAAGGAUGUCAAGAUAGGUAAGUUCGUGGCUUUGGACAACAUCGGCAGGUAUGCCAUCUUCAUUGGUCCUCAGAGGUGCCUGGCUGUCGAUGCUGACAAGUUCCCAGGCAUCGAGGCAAACUGCGCCUACUUCACUGAACAACUGGGUUCGUCCGUUCAUAUCUGCAAGUGCAACAUCAAGGACAGGAAAGUUGAGAGGAUCUCUGAAGCUGCCGAUUUCGUGAAGCAGGACAAGAAGUUUGCCCUCACCGCUGACCAUCCUUCGACGAUCAUCCACCUUCUCUCCGGCUACACCCUCAACAUCCCGGAUUCUCAACUGGCUUUGCAACAGGUUCCAUAA